AGAAGGCAGCAGUCGACUCAGCACACACACAGGUGGAGAAUGGGAAUGGGUCAUGACCAGGAGGAGUUUGCACUGAGAGGACUUGUACGACCUGCAUUGUUUUAGAAUCGUGCGCACUGGAUUAUGCUCUUCAUCCUGAUCAGUAGCACUCACCGCUUCCAUUGAGCUUGCAGAUUCAAAAUCGUUUUGUUCUCUCUGUUGGUCAUUGCAUUCUUCAUUGAAUGCAAACAUCGUCAUGUUUAUCAGAACAACUUUUCUCCUCUUCUAUGUGGUCUCACUCUCAAAACUUGUUCGUUGCAUGGAAAGUGAACUUUGCUUCCCGAUUAGAUUGGAUAACCACAACCAUGACAGGGGAGAUUUUGACAACGACGUGGAUAUCCUUAAUGGGAAGUGUGUCUUAAAAAUACGAGCUUUCCAGCAGGAAUUAGUGAUCGAUUUACACCAGGACUCAAAUUUCAUUGCCCCUUCCAUUUCUAACCAAGACGCAUUCUGGCUCUCCAACACCGAUGUCACCACUGACCUGAGCCGGUGUUUUUACUCCGGAUAUGUGAAUGCUGACCGCUAUUCUUAUGCUGCUUUGAGCCUCUGUAAGGGUUUGCAUGGUGCAUUUGGCUUCCAAGGCUGGGAAUAUUUUAUCAGCCCGGUGCAAAAUGACACCAGAAGCGCAGAAAGUGCGCACAUCAUCCGGCGCAGAACCAGCAACAACCUGAAGCUCAAUACAACCUCUAGGUGCGCAGUGGACAGCGACAUCAGUCUCCAGGUUGCGCAAUCGUUGGAGAAAUACAAGCGACUACAAGAUUACAGCAAUAUGACCGAAACGAUGCUGAAGAGGAUGGGGAGAGCCAAAAGGUUCGCCUCGAUCCCCAGGUACGUCGAGACGCUCGUGGUGGCCGACGAGUCCAUGGCGCAGUUCCAUGGAGAUGACCUAAAGCACUACCUCUUGACACUCAUGUCAGUGGCAGCGAGGCUCUACAGACACCCCAGUAUCCUCAACUCCAUCAGCAUCACAGUUGUGAAGAUCGUGAUUAUAUCCGAGGAGGACAAAGGACCUAAGGUGUCCGGGAACGCCGCCAUGACGCUGAGAAACUUUUGCACUUGGCAAAAAAAGAUGAACAAAAACAACGACAAGCAUCCAGACUACUGGGACACAGCAAUUCUGUUCACUAGACAGGACCUGUGUGGGGCCUCCACCUGUGACACUCUUGGCAUGGCGGAUGUUGGCACCAUGUGCGACCCCAAGAGGAGCUGCUCUGUGAUCGAAGACGACGGCCUACCUUCAGCCUUCACCACUGCUCAUGAGCUUGGACACGUGUUCAACAUGCCACAUGACAAUGUGAAGGCCUGUGAGGACGUGUUUGGGAAACUGCAGGACAACCAUAUGAUGUCUCCCACCCUCAUUCAGAUCAACCGCACCAGCCCCUGGUCCCCCUGCAGCGCUGCCAUCAUCACUGAAUUCCUGGACAGCGGGCAUGGGGAAUGUUUGCUUGACCAGCCUCAGAAACCAUUGGUCCUCCCUGACGUGCUGCCGGGAUCAUCCUACAACCUCGACCGUCAGUGUGAGCUUGCGUUUGGAGAAGGCUCCAAACCCUGUCCCUUCAUGCAACCACCAUGCGGCCGUCUGUGGUGCACCGGACAAUCCAAUGGCCAUUUGGUGUGUAUGACUCGGCACUUCCCCUGGGCAGAUGGCACCCAAUGUGGGGAUGGACAGGUCUGCGACCGAGGGAUCUGCUCUGACAAACAGUCCCAAAAUGUGAGGGUGGAUGGCCGCUGGGGCAAGUGGGGCCCGUUCGGUUCCUGCUCACGCACAUGUGGAGGCGGAGUCCAACUGUCUAAAAGAGAGUGCAACAAUCCAGUCCCGUCAAAUGGAGGGAAAUACUGCCAAGGGAUUCGGGUCAAAUACCGCUCCUGCAACCUGAACCGCUGCCCUGACACAGGUAAGACUUACCGCGAGGAGCAGUGUGAGAACAGCGGCCGCAAUUUCAACAGUAACCGUAUCGCCCCUUCCGUGGUGUGGGUACCCAAAUACUCUGGAGUGUCUACCGAUGACAGGUGUAAACUCAUCUGCAGGGCUAAUGGCACUGGCUACUUCUACGUCCUGGCACCCAAGGUUGUGGAUGGGACUCCAUGCUCCCCAGACUCCACAGGAGUGUGUGUCCAAGGGAAGUGCAUUAAGGCUGGCUGUGAUGGAAAAAUUGGUUCCACCAAGAAGUUUGAUAAGUGUGGAAUCUGUGGAGGUGAUAACAAGGGCUGCAAGAAGGUGUCUGGACUCUUCACAAAGCCAAUGCACGGCUACAACUUUGUGGUAAUGCUGCCAGUGGGCGCAGCCAACAUAGACAUCCGUCAGCGAGGCUACAAGGGAAUGAGGAGUGAUGACAAUUACUUGGCUGUGAAGAGCAGCGACGGCAAUUACCUGCUCAAUGGGAACUACGUCGUGUCAGCUGGGGAAAGGGACUUCAUUGUAAAGAACAGCCUGCUGCGCUACAGCGGCACAGCCGGCCUCUCUGAGACCCUGCAAGCGGUGAAGCCCUUGGGAGAAUCCCUGACUGUUGAGGUGCUGUGUGCAGGCCAGAUGACGCCUCCUCGCAUCCGCUACUCCUUCUACCUCGCCCGUCAGACCAAGGAGGACAAGACUCUGAAGAAAGAGGGGCGUGUAAACUCUCAUAACAGCGUCCUGGCUGAGGAUAAUGUCAAGGAGAAGGGAGGAGACACCCUGAAGAAGUCUUAUAGCAAAGAGGAUCCUGCUCUUGGGAAAUGGAUAUCAACAGGUUGGGAUGAGUGCUCAGUGACCUGCGGCAGUGGGAUCCAGAGGAGGAUGGUGCAGUGUCUGAGACCGGACGGGAAGCCAGGGUUGGACUGUGAUCCUUCACAAAGACCCUCAGCCACCAGGGUUUGUGCAGACCCAUGUCCUGAGUGGUAUAUUGGGCAAUGGUCGCCUUGCUCCAGAACCUGUGGGAAGGGCUUCAAGAGACGACCAUUGCACUGCAAAACCCAAACUGGGCAUCUGCUCCCAAGGGACCACUGCACUGGCUUACGCAAGCCACAGGAGCUGGACUUCUGUAACCUAACCCCUUGCUAGUGACUAAAACCUAUAAACUUAAAAUCUUUGUUAUGUUUUAAAUAGACUGAAUUGAAUUCACCUGCAAGUAUCACCCCGACUGUGUCUGUCAGGUGCAGAUUGUUUCACCUGCAUCAUGGGACACUUGCAUGGAAGAACAACAAGAAUAUUGGAAGGAGAGGGAGAGCUGCAAGAUGAAUGCUGGAAGAUAUUUUUCACUGCCAUCAUACUGACUUCAGAAAACAUUAUCCAGGUCUAACUCUGAUGGUAAAAUGACGUAUUAGAAGGUCAAAUAAAAUUUAGUUGAAUCCCUUGUCACCAGAUACAGAAUGUGCAUUUGCAUUUGCAUUCAAUCUAGUUUAUCUUAUGAGCCUGGAACCCAGUUCAUGUCAUAAUAUUUGAACUGUGCAGGUUUCAAAAUUUUUGUUGAGUCUCGCAAAUAGAUCACUGAAGCCUUCGGGUUGUCUCAUUAAUUUUUCAAAAAGCAAAUAUACCAGGAUUGACAUGUAUAACUUUUUACAAACUGGACAAAAUGUAUUGCCCGUGUGCUGCACAAUCCUUCACACAGAGAUGGACAGUCCAUUUAAUGAUUAACAUUACAUGCGAUCUUCAUCUUUUAGGUGUUUUUCAGGGAAUCUUUUAACACAUCACACAAUAUGGGUGGUUGUACAAUCGUAGCCUUGUUUUAACAUACUUUCUGUGCUACUGUUGCAUCGUUUAUCCAAUCCAAAUGUUGUUUUUUAGAUCUUUUGGUUAGCUGCUAUGGCAAAUCAUGGUUGAUACAACAUUGGACAGAUUUCCACAGUUACAAACACUGUGUCAUCUUUAACAUGUUUCACUCACAGAAACAGUCAAUAAAGAUGCAGCCAGGAUUUCUCCUUCAAAACUUUAGGAAGGAAUCACCUGCACUGUAGAAACUGAUUUUCUGCAGACCUCACUCAGCACCAGUCGUGGAAACUAGAAUCUGAAGUCACAUUGGUGGCUUUCAUGACAGAAAUGACUAAACAAAGCAGAGCAGGAAACAAUGGCCAGUGGUUUGCUCCCUGUCAGCUGCUGGGGCCGCCAGCUCAGUGAUUUCAUCAGGCUGCACCCAACAUUGCACUGCUCAUCUGAUAAAUUGGCUUUGCCUGACACACACAUGCUGUGUUCGAUUCCUGCCUCCUGUAUACAGCAUGUUUGAUUGCUUCCUUCAUUUCCUUCAUCAUUUGACCACAACAAUUGUCUUCUCAGUUCGUAGUGUUCAGCCAUGUUAAGUCAGGCCUGUCUGGCACAGUUACCACAUCUAAUUUAUUAUCAAUGAAACGAUGAAGCAGAGAGGGGAAGAAAACCUGGCCCUUUGUUAUGCUGUUCAGAAUGUGUGUUCUCCUGGAUCUCCUUGUUCAUGGCCCCACAGCCUGAGCCAAGCUGUUCUUUCUACACACUUGAUGAAAUCCUGUAACCCAUUAUAUUCUUGUUUUGUUUUCUUAAGGGGCCACAUUGUCCAGUCCAACAUCUAACUACAGGAUGGAUCCUUUGUUAGUUGGAUUAUAAUUUUUUUUUUUUAAAUCAGCUUUCCACUUUGUACAGCAAAAGGAAGUGAUAACCUACAUGGGCUGUAUUGUAUGCUAUGUAUACAUUUAUUCAGCUCUGUACAAAAAAUAAUGUAAAUAUUUUUUUUUAUCUUUUAUUUUUUACACAGGCAUUUGUAAUUGUCUUUGACUUCAGUAUAUUUAUUCCAAAAAUAAAGCCAUUAAGGAACAGUUAUAAGUAA